UUCCUUCCGUGUGGCUUGAUUUACCGUGUUCUUUUAGUUCCGGAUUCUGCAAACAAUGACUUUCUGCUGUGUCUAGAUGAUAUGAAGUUCAAGGACGUCUUUACAUAUACAUAGUUUAGGUAGUUUCGUGUGUAGUGUAGACUCUUUAUUUAAAGUUUGACUCGGCAUAAUUACCGUCCAUUUCUCAAAAAUCUACAUUUUUAUUGGAUGUUUUGGUUGGAAACCCUGCAGCUAAUGGUUAGCAAGCGGUGUGUUUUUAGAAGCCACAUAUAUUUGGUCAUUGACAACUAGACGUUAAAGACUAGGGAAAUUGCAUUUACAUAUUUACAAAUUAAAUAUUUAUACGAAAUCAUGAAUAUCAGACAGACAUAAUCCUUUGAUUUAACGUUACUGUAACCGAAAUUCUCAAAACAAUUAUGCAUUUGAGAUUUUUGGUAAUAAUAAUAUGUCCCGUCUCAAGAGAGCAAAAACAUGGGAAAUAUCUGAGUCAGAAGACGAAAGUGACUCCAACUUUAGAUCCCUCAUCACAUGUGACGCUGCCCGUAAAGAUGAUAUAGCACCCAGUUUCCAAUUUGCCGGUGAGAAUGACGCUGACCAGAAAGAUGUCCGCUUGGAGGCUUCCCAGGCAUCUUUAGAUGCUGAUAAAGAAGACUCCAGAUGCGGAGAGUCCUUAUCGGCUCCCCCGGCCGCUGCCACCAGAACCUCAAGUCCGGAGAAAAGACGGCGCCGAGCAAAGCAGCAGAUCGAGGGGGAAAGAGUCAUUUCUGAACAGAAAAAAGAAGCCAGAGAGAAACUCAGGGAGGAAAGAGCCAAACAGAAAGAAACGAAAAAGUUGGAACAGAAGCAACGAAAAGAAGCUGCCGAUCGCUUUAAAAGUUACCGACCGGAGAACUGCCUCAAACGCAUGACUGUAUGUGUAGAUCCAGUGUUAUUACAGGAUGAGGGAUCAGACAUUCUUCUUGGAACUCUGAGAGCAAUGGAGUGGAGGAGCAGCAUUGAGGAACAACAGCUUGCACAUUGCAUCACUUGGAAUAGGGAAUUGCCAGAGGGUGAAGAUGGUGUGAGCAUAAUUCAGGAGGAGCAGAUUCUGAUGGUGCUGCAGUUGAAUGAAUUUAUGGACAUGUUGAGCUCUAUCAAGGAGAUUCUGCAAGAGAACAUCAAGCAAGUAGAGUGCAAGUCUUUAUUCAACAAACUCUCUCAGUAUCUCAACAAAUAUGCAGGGAAAAUUGUUACCCUGGCAGUGAUUGGCUUAAGCAGCUGGGCUCUCUGGGAAGAGAAGAGGAGUGGGGGACUGAGAGACUUGGACUUAGAGGAAGCACUGGUGUUCCUGCAGCUCUCUAGGAACACCUCUGUCAUCUUCUUGGAGAGCUGGCAGGACCUCGCCGACCACGUGUGUGCCGUCACCAAGGCCCUGUCCAAACGUCCCAUGAAACUGCUGACAGAGGUCCCCGACCUGCCAUUCUGUGUGGAUGGCUCGUGGGCCAGCGGGGUACGGGUCCAAAAGGACGGAACAGGACUUUUGCCGGUGUGGAGCAGGCAAAUUCAGCAGCUGAAUCGUGUCAGCCCCGCUGUUGCUGCAGCCAUUUCCUCUGCAUUCCCUUCACCGCAGCUACUGCUGCAGGCAUACAAGGACACCUCUGAGGGGGACCAGAAGAGCGUCCUGGCAGACCUCCCAGUCACUAGUGGGGAGAGGCAGCGUCGGGUGGGUCCUGAGAUCUCCAGCAGGGUGUACCGCUUUCUCACGGCCCACAAUCCCCAGCUCGUGCUGGAUUGAGGGGGUCACCUGAGGAUAAGGGUAUUCCCAGCCUGGUCUCAACGUCUACCUCUGUAAGUUAACCAGACUGGCUGUAUUCCAGAAAUGACUAACAAGUCACUUUUUGGGCUUGAUUAGAGUCACUUACACUAACCCUAUUACCACAGGAAGGAUUUCCAUGCUUGUUUUUGCGAAUAAAUGUCAAUAACUGUCCGACGGGCUUUUUCUAGACAAGAAUAAUGUAUAAUAAAGAUGCACCGAGAUGA